AAAUGCAAGAGUGGGACAAAACACUGCGGCUGUUGCUUUGUUGACUUGAGGAAGAAGAGGAAGAAGAAGAUGGAAGAAGUGCAAGAGCAGCAGAACAAGUCCAGAGUCGUCAAGGUUGACUCUGUUGAAUCAUGGGAUUUCUAUGUUGGCCAAGCCUCAAAUCAGGGCUGCCCGAUUGUUUCACACUUUACAGCUUCAUGGUGCAUGCCUUCGGUGGCUAUGAACCCAUUUUUUGAAGAACUGGCCUUAGCUUACCCAGAUGUUCUGUUUAUCACUGUUGAUGUGGAUGAAGUUAAGGAGGUAGCAACAAGGCUGGAGGUGAAGGCCAUGCCCACUUUUGUGAUAAUGAGGGGAGGUGCUGUUGUUGACAAGGUUGUGGGUGCUAAUACAGAAGAGAUUAAGAAAAGGAUUAAUGGUUUUGUUCAGUCGAUUCGUGUAAAUGUCGCCUAGUUUGAGUGGUUGUAAUUCUGUGCAUUUUGGAAACAUGUAAACUACAUGGUUGCCAUGCUAUAGCAUUGGGCAACAGGUGUGAUAAUUUGCAUCUCAUAAGCUUGUGGUUCCCAACUCUAAACAUUUAUGUAACAACCGUUUUUAUCAAUGCUUGUAGUAACUCCUUUGUUUGGUGUAGCCUAUGUUUAGGCUCAAGCUUAGCUUGAUGAUAAAAUGGUAUAAUUUUG